UCUCUUAUACGGAGUCCAUUGGUCCAUCUAGCUCAGCAUUGUCUACACUGAUUGGCAGAGGCUCUCCAGGGUUUCAGGCAGGGGUGUCUCCCAGCCCUAUGUGGCGAUGCUGGGGGAUUGAACCUUGGACCUUCUGCAUUCAAAGCAGAUGGUCUACCACAGAGUUACAGCUCUUUCCCAGUGUGGUGGACCACUUUACAUAGUGCAUCAGCCUGAACGUCUGUCAAGCUUAGCGAUGUCUGCUCUACCUUGCAGUGGGUGGUUCUUAUGUACACAAAUCAGACCUAAAUUUUAUCUUUUAGGUUGUUUUUAGGUUGCUUUUAAUGUUGUGUUGUAAAAUUGUUGUAACCUGCCCUGGAACCUUUGGGUGAAGGGCAGGUAAUAAACGUUGUUGUUGAUGAUGAUGAUGAUGAUGAUAAUUUUGCUCCAAAGUAUGGAAGCCUAGUGUAUUUAGAAAAAAAACUCACUUCCACUAUGCUUAAAGGUCAGUUGGUCCAAUGAAAGGUUGGUGUUUUUUUGCCUAACUGCAGAGUAAUUGCUUCCAGUCUGAUUUCAGAUAUGGCUUCAUGGAAGCAAUACAUGCUGAAUGUAGUGGGCUUACUUACUCCGAAGUAAGUGUGAACAGGAAUGAAACCAUACAACAUGAUCCUAUGAAUGUUUACUGAGCUGUAAUUCCUAUCAAUUGAAUAGAACUUGCUUCCAAGGAAGUGGGGUUAAGAUUGUAGUUAUAAUCUUGAAGGUGGGAUGUGGGCACUGUAAUGCCAUACUCCAUAUGAUGAAGUGGUGUUCAGCAGCUGGGCUCAAAGUGAUUUGCUGCCAGUAAAUACUGGCAGUGUUGAGCUGUUGGCACAGAGCACAGAGGGUAUAAAACCAUCCAGGGUCCAGCAUCCUGCUGCAAGGUUGGCAGUCUAUUAAUUGGCCACUGUGCACAAGCCAGACCACAGUGUACCAUGCACAGACAGCAGAAACACUGUAGAGCAGGAGUGGCUAACCUUUUUUGGGGAUCAAGGGCCACACUGACCAUCUGGGGUGCAAAAGUGGGUGUAGCUGAUUAAAAAACAAACAAAUAGGUGUUUGAUGGAUGAAAGGCACUGUUCCUGACAGCCCUGAGAUCACUGGUUGUGGCAAUAGUUUUAGUAUUUUUUAUGCUUUGUUAUUGCUGGGUCUACCAUCCUGGGUUCCUCUGGGACGAAGAGCGGGAUAUGAGUUGAAUAAAUAAUAAUUCUUUUUUACAAGGACAAUUUUUUGUGGGGGGAUCACAAAAGCCUGUUGGUGUCACAGAAUCACAGAAGAGUACCUAGGGAGCAGUCAGUACAGAUAAUAAUUAAACAUUAUUUUUUACAAUUUUUUUAAAAAUAAACAUUUUGCAGGGGCCACAGAAACAUCUAAGGCAGGCAAGCCUUUUGGCAACGCACCAUAGGAGCAGUCAAUUUUUUUUAAAAAAAAUGAUAAUAUUUUGGGAGGUCUUGGAGGGCCCCAAAAAUCUCAUGUAGGGGGCACAUGAGACCUGUGGGUUAACCACCCCUGCUGUAGAUCGACUAUGAACGUACCUUGAGUCAGACCAUUUGGCCCAUCCAUUCCAAUAUUGUCUGUCUUGCUGGCUGCUGCUUUCUAGGGUCUCAGACAGGGGUCUUCCCAGCCCUGCUUCCUGAGAUGUUUUUAACUGGAGAACCUGGAGAUUAAACAGGGGACUUUCCGAAUGCCAAGCAUGAGCUCUGCCAUUGAUCUGUAGUGCCAGCAAGGCAAGAAAGAAAGCAAGACAAGUUACCAAUUACUAUGUGAGGGAUGCAGGAACAGAAGUAUCUGCCAUUCUGCAUCCUUUUGCCUUUUCAGUGGUAUUUAAUGCGCCAAGUGCUUUGCAACUUUGUUUUGUCUUCACAUUCCCCUAUAACGAGCUGGGGAGCAGGUGAAAAGUAAUUUGAGAGAGAAUGACUUGCUAAAGGAAACCAUAAGCCUGCUUGUUGGGGUGUCGAAAUUCAGGUCCAGCAUGUUUUCCUCCAGAUAACAUUGGGUCUCAGUAUAGUCUGUUUUGUAAUGUAAAGCUGCCUAUUUGAACCACUUUUUUUGAACUGGUUUCCACGGAGACUUGUUUCGACAAUGUUUGGGAAUUCACAUCUGUAUUACCAGGUGCUGAACUUUGGGAUGAUCGUUUCUUCAGCGCUGAUGAUCUGGAAGGGGCUGAUGGUGGCAACGGGCAGUGAGAGCCCCAUCGUGGUCGUGCUUAGUGGCAGCAUGGAGCCUGCAUUUCACAGAGGAGAUCUCCUAUUCUUAACCAAUCGUAUUGAAGAACCAAUCAGAGUGGGUGAAAUCGUGGUCUUUAGGAUAGAAGGAAGGGAAAUUCCAAUAGUACAUCGGGUUUUGAAAAUUCAUGAAAAACAAAACGGAGAUAUCAAGUUCUUGACGAAAGGUGACAAUAACGCUGUUGAUGACCGAGGCUUGUACAAGCAAGGCCAGCACUGGCUGGAGAAGAAAGAUGUGGUGGGCAGAGCGAGAGGAUUUGUGCCAUACAUCGGAAUAGUGACCAUCCUAAUGAACGAUUACCCCAAGUUUAAGUACACCGUCCUCUUUCUACUAGGCUUGUUUGUGCUAGUCCAUCGAGAGUAGUCUGCAACCGAGGCCAGUUGGAGAUGCCAUUUGCUCUGAGUAGACAGUGGGGUGUAAUGUGUAUACAUUUCGCUGCUUCUUAACCAACUUCGGUUUGGCUUUUCGUUUGAUUUUUUUUCUACUGCCGUGUAACAGGAGAGUUGACCAGUAUUUUGAACGGUUUGUCACAUUUUAGCAUUUUUGUACAUCAGUGAAUUUUUAUAUUAAAAGUUUAAAGUCAAAA